GCGGCGCCGGCGCGGAGGGCAGUCCCACGAUGCGGGGCAGGCGGAUGAAGCUCCGGGACACCCCCUCGGUGAGCCCCGCUCUGUGGCGGGCGCUGCCCUGCCCGGCGGCCGAGCUGCGGCUGGAGCUGGUGCUGCCGUCGGGGCAGACGUUCCGAUGGAGGGAGAGCAGCCCCGGGGCCUGGACGGGGGUGCUGGGGGACACCGUGUGGACGCUGCGGCAGGAGCGGGACCGGCUCUGGUACACGGUGUACGGCGGGGAGGCGGGCGCGGACACGGACCGGCUCCUGCGGGAGUACUUCCAGCUGGAUGUGGGGCUGCGGGACCUGUACCGCUCCUGGGGGGCCGCGGACCCCCUCUUCCGAGAGGCGGCCAAAGACUUCCCAGGGGUGCGGGUGCUGCGGCAGGACCCCGUCGAGUGCCUCCUCUCGUUCAUCUGCACCUCCAACAACCACAUCUCCCGCAUCACCGCCAUGAUAGAGCGGCUCUGCCGAGCCUUCGGCCGCCACCUCUGCCACCUCGAUGCUCAGCCCUUCCACGCCUUCCCGUCGCUCGCAGCACUCGCAGGUCUGGUGUCACCGCACCGCUGUCCCCAUGGCCUUAUGGCAUCCACCCCUCAUGUCCCCCAAUGUCCCCACCAGGCGAUGAUGCUGAGGCCCGGCUGCGGGCGCUGGGCUUUGGCUACCGAGCCAAGUUCGUCAGCGGCACUGCUCGCGCCAUCACCGAGGGGCUCGGCGUCGAGGGGCUGCACCAGCUCCGCACCGCACCCUACGCCGAGGCCAGGAAGGUGCUGUGCACCCUACCCGGUGUGGGCACCAAGGCGGAGGCGGUGCCGGUGGAUACCCACGUGUGGCGCAUCGCACGGCAGCGCUAUGGCAUGGAGCUGGGCGGCCGCAGCAUCACCCCACGGGCACACCAGGAGAUCGGUGAGGGCAGCGCCAGAGCCCCACGUGUGCCACCCCCGGCAUGGGGAUGAUGCUCCCGGUGCUCAUCCUCUAUCCACAGGCGACUUCUUCCGGGGGCUGUGGGGUCCCCGCGCCGGGUGGGCGCAGGCGGUCCUCUUCUGCGCUGACCUUCACAAGGGCCGGGAGCCGGUUGUGAGCCAGGAUCGGGACAAGGAGAGCUGAAGGCAGGACUGCCAUGGUGAUGGGACCCCUUAGGGACACCCCAGGAGGGACAGAGCCCCCCAUCAGCGGCUAUGGGGGGGUCACUGCUGCCUGGGGUGUUUGUCCCCUGCCCGCUGUGUGCAUGGGGGGGAGCUGCUGCCCUGGGCAGUGAGGCUGAUGGGGAGGGGGUCAGGGCUGUGUGCCCCCCCCGGGCAGGGCAGAGCCAGGCAGCGUUGGCCUCUUGUUUUAUUACAAGCAUUAAAAUAGAAACAUCCAUUUGGAAAA